AUGCUACCAAAAGAAGAUAGAUUUAAUUCAAAGAACUCUAAAGGAACUAAUGAAGCAGAAAACCAAGCAACAUCAUUCUAUAAGCGGUUUUCAUCAUCAAUUAUACCGCCACUUUCAUUUUUGAGCCAAGGAACAAUUUCACCUAAUAAUGAAGAGGUAGCCAACGAUGAUAAUGCUCAUAAAGAUGAAAAGACAUUUAGCGACGAUGAAGACAUUGCUCAUCCCAUCGGAAGUGUGGGGUCUCUGAAUAACUUUGUAAGUUUCUUAUACGCUGGUAUGGGCAAAUUGAGCGAAAUAAAAGGAAAUGAUGCAAGUAAUGCAAAUGACACAAAUGAUGCAUCUGAUGUGGGAGCUCUGAAGCUCAAUGACAAAUUCACAGAGGCAAGAAAUAGACAAGUUAAUGAACCAUAUCGAGGUGAGUACAAAAUUGACUAUGAUAUUAACGAGAGCGAAGAAGGAGAUGUUGAGAGCGCUGAAGAUGAAAACACUCUAAAACCGAAGACAGAAGAUGUAACUCCAAAUACUGGAUUAGAUCCAGAGGAGCACUUGGAAAAGGUAUCUGAUAUGUUUUUUGAUGAUAAGGACGAACCAACAACCGCUUUGGCAUCGGAUCCUUCUAAGGGUACUGUAUUACAACAGUCAGUUUUGAAAAACUUCGAUCCUUUUCUAAUUGAACAAACCGAGUUGUUGAAAUUAAAAGACAUUAAACUAUCCACAGAUGAAGAUGAGUCUGAUGCGUAUAAAAUCAAAAAGAAAUUCUUCAGGUUAAAAGUAGCGGAUAAGUUGAAACGGGUAUUUGAAUUGAGUGAUGAUGACUAUUUUUACGGUAAUUAUAGCGUAUGGCUUGUUAGAGAUGUCUUAUUACAAGGUCAUAUAUAUUUGACAAAAGAAAGCAUCCUUUUCUUUACGUUUCUUCCAAAAAGACAGAAUACGAUAAAUGCAUCAAAUGGUGCUGCAGGUGGAUUCCAGCACCAUGAUGACUCCCAUGAUGUGAUUCAGUCAGGAUCUUUGGGUAUGAAAACAGCAUUAUAUGGGGAUACAGUAUUCAGUACCCCGCUUACUCAUAGGUUUUGGGUCAUUUUGAGGAAUGAAACCAUAACAGUUUAUAAUUCUCCAACAGACUUGUAUUUUCCAAUUACUCUAAUUGACUUAAAAUCAUGUAUUAGUGCAGAAGUUAUUGAAAAAGGAAAAAACGAGAGUAGCACUUCUUCAAGACCCGAGUUAUGUCGUAAUGAUUCACUGGAGAAUUCUUCAGGUGAUGAGGAAGCUGAAUUUUCUAAUAUGUUACAUUCUAAUUAUCAAUUGGAAGAUAAUACUGAAAAUUUGAGCGGUGGCUUCUGGUUUAAAGUUGUGACAAAAAAGAAGACUCAUAAAUUCCAUUCGGAUAGCUUAUACUCAGCCAGGCAAUGGGUUAAUAAUAUAGUGAAGGUUGUUUUUCAGUUGCAUAAUUCAAAUUCGAAUAAUGAAGUCAUUAUGAAGAUCCCUAUAAAUAAUAUAAUUAGCUUCGAUAUCAAUGAAGUUUUUGGUGCUUCUGAAAGAACUUCAGAAUCCAAUGAUGAAAAGCCAAAAGUUUUAAAUGUGAAACAUAUAGAAAAUGAAGCAAAAGCGAGGAAUCCGUUACUGGCAAGUAGGAUGAAAAAUGAAUUGAAAAAUAAAACAAGGAAGAAAAUGAAAAGAACUUCCGUCGGCGAAGCUGAUGAUUUACUAUCGGAAAAUACUUAUUUUCUAUUGUUUAAGAACGGUGAUGAAGUAUUCAACACACUUAAUGAAAUCGUCAGUGAAAAUAAAGAUGCAAAUACAUUUCCUAAUAAGCGAAGUAGUAUAAUUAGCACAUUCAAUAAUGAGAAAGGAUCCAGCUGGACUAGACCUAAAUCUUUCGCUCACAGAGGCGAAGAAAUCAAAACACCGAGAGCUAUCUCCACCCUUACCACAGACCAUUAUCAGAAUAGUAUUAUCGAUCAAAUCGAAGAAGCGAGUCAUAGAAAAACUGCAAAUGCAGAGUUGGCAUCACCUCGAUCAGAAUGUGGCCUGACAAAUUCAGUUUUAUCACUGCCACAAUCGAAGAUAAAGAAAUUUGGUAAAACACUAAUAGCUCCAUCAAGGAUAUUUUCGAAUAAAAGUAGAUCAGGUUCUGAAAAAUCAACACCAGAUCGCUCUGGAACUACUUCUCCAGUUCAAGGAAUCAAUUUAUCAUUAUCAGGCUUGAAAGAUUUAAAUAUGGCUUUUGAGGCUUCGCAGAAAAAUUACGAAGUUGGUUCUACUAGAUUCAGCCAUACGGACAACAAUAAUGCUGAUAAUAUAUCUAGUUUUGAAUAUAAUACAUUAUCAAAAGCAGAAGCAUUGUCUCCUCAAAUUAGAUCUCCCCAUCCUAUUGAAGCAGGCCCAUUGAAUCUCACUGACCCCUCUGAAUUUGAAGACAAUAGAAAAAAAAAUAAUACAUUAUCAUCAAUCGGGAAAAGUAUUAAAGCUAUGUCAUCAAUAAAGAGUAAGUUGGCCGCUGUUAACCAUUAUGAGGAGUUGUAUGAAAAUGAUCCUUAUUUUAUACGUGAUAUCUCGGCCAGGGAGGUUGAUACUAAGCACUUCCAAGAGCGCUUUUCCUUUAAUAACAAAAAGCAGUUAAUAGCUUCUUACCAUUGUCAUAUCAUUAGAGCGGUUCCUGUGUUUGGUAAAGUGUACUUAGGUGAUAGUGAAAUAUGCUUUAGAAGUAUGCUACCUGGAGUUUCAACAAAAAUGAUUUUACCAUUAAUUGACGUAGAUACUUGCUAUGAGGAGAAAGGAUCAAAUAUAGCUUAUUCUGGUUUGGUAAUAGUUAUUCGUGGAUAUGAUGAGCUAUUAAUGGAAUUCAGUGUUCAAAAAGCUAGAGAUGACUGCUUGGCUAUGAUAUUGCGUCAAUUAGAAAAAAACCAUGGACCUGGAGAUGAGUCUUCGAGUAAUAAUAAAAACUCUGAAGAUGAUGAUCAAUGUCUUCAAAAACUUCCCUCUUCUACCGAUACCACUAAGUCGUUAGCCGGUAUCAAGUUAGCGCAGUGGAGAAUUGAGAACGCAAGGCUAAAGCUAUUCGAGGACAAGAUCAAUGCUGCGGCUGGUCUUCAUGUCCCAAUUAUUUUAGAGGACUCUCCCUUCUAUAAGACGGAGAUACGACCUUCUACAUCCUUUAAUUUUACAUUAUUGACUAUUGGGUCUCGGGGUGACGUACAACCUUAUAUAGCAUUAGCUAAAGGGCUAUUAGCCGAGGGUCAUAAUGUUACAAUUGCAACACACUCUGACUUUGAAGAAUGGAUUAUAGGGCAUGGAAUUAAAUUUAAAACUAUUGCGGGCAAUCCAGUUGAAUUGAUGUCAUUGAUGGUAAGUCAUGGGUCAAUGUCCCUCUCAUUUCUUAAAGAGGCAAGUUCUAAAUUCAGAGGUUGGAUUCAAGACUUAUUGGACACCAGUUGGAAGGCUUGUCAAGGAAGUGAUAUUUUGAUUGAAAGUCCUUCAGCAAUGGUUGGUGCUCAUAUUGCAGAAGCUUUGGGCAUUCCUUAUAUGAGAGCGUUUACGAUGCCUUGGACGAGGACUAGAGCAUACCCCCAUGCGUUUAUUGUGCCUGAUAAGAAGAAAGGCGGAUCCUAUAAUUACAUUACACAUUUAAUGUUUGAGACGGUUCUUUGGAAAGGAAUCAGUGGUCAAGUUAAUAAAUGGCGGAGGGAACAGUUGGGAAUACCAAGAACUAAUUUAUACAGACUUGCUCAAUAUGACAUACCUUUUUUGUAUAAUAUAUCGCCUAUAAUUUUCCCACCUUCUGUUGAUUUUCCAGAUUGGGUUAAAGUUACAGGAUACUGGUUUUUAGAUGAAGGAUCUGCUGAAGAUUUUAAUCCUCCUAAAGAAUUAGUUGAUUUUAUGAAUAAUGCAAAGGAGGACAGCAAAAAAAUUGUUUACAUCGGAUUUGGUUCUAUCGUUGUUAAAGAUGCCAAGAGUCUUACAAAGGCCAUAGUUGAAGCCGUUUUAGAAGCGGACGUUCGCUGUAUCUUGAACAAAGGUUGGUCGGACAGGAAAUCCAGUCCGAAAAAGGAUGAUGCAGAACCAGAAAUUGAACUACCAGAGGAAAUUUAUAACUCGGGUUCUAUUCCACAUGAUUGGUUAUUUCCAAAAAUAGAUGCAGCUGUUCAUCAUGGUGGAUCUGGAACAACUGGUGCAACUAUGAGAGCCGGUAUUCCUACAAUAAUCAAACCUUUCUUUGGUGAUCAAUUCUUUUAUUCUUCAAGAAUUGAAGAUAUUGGAGCAGGAAUUGGGUUGAAGAAGUUGAAUGCUCAUUCAUUGAGCACUGCAUUGAAAAAAGCAACGUCGGAUGCAAAAAUGAAUUUGAAGGCAAAGAAAAUCAGUGAAAGAUUGAAACAAGAAAAUGGUGUUUUAAAUGCAAUUGAGGCUAUCUAUUAUGAACUAGAAUAUGCAAGAAACUUAAUAACCGCCAAGCAGCAUGAAAAUGCAAAGCAUGACAUCAAAUCGGGUGUCCAGACGCCCGUUGUUAAUGAAACACUCGACGAAUAUUUCGACAGUGACGCAUAUGACACAGACUUUGAGUCGGACCACGAGUCACCGAAUGAAACCUACCAACAAGAUAAUGAUGAAGAUUAUAAUACUAAUGACGAUAAUACUACUGAAAUUGAAGAACCUAGUCUUAUGGAUGAUAACGAUACUGUAAGAAUCGCACCUGAUACCGGAAAUGAUACUACUACCUUAACAGACGUUAACAAAGAAGUGUUUAAUGUAAGUGCUUCGUAG